AUGGGCAAGAUUACAACUCAGCUUGUUAUUACAGCUUCAGAGAGGAGAACACGGCCAAAAUCUAUUCAGCCAGGUGGUCGUGAGUGGGUAACAUUUAUCGCUGGGAUCAACGCGGCUGGCUGGGCUAUCCCACCGUUUCUUAUCUUUACUGGCAAACAUCACCUAUCUGCCUGUGACAAUGGCUGGACGAAUAAUGAGCUAGGCGUUGCAUGGAUAAAGCACUUCGACGCUCAUACGAAGACUCGCGUUAUUGGUACACGUCGUCUACUUAUCCUUGACGGCCAUGAGAGCCACCAAUCUCUUGAGUUCCAAGAGUUCUGUCAGAAGAACAAUAUCUACACUCUCUGUAUGCCGCCUCAUUCGUCUCAUCUACUCCAGCCUCUUGACGUUGGCUGCUUCUCGCCAUUGAAGCGCGCGUAUAGCCGCGAGGUAGAGAGCCUCAUUCGCCAUCACAUCAAUCACAUUACCAAGCUUGAGUUUCUACCAACGUUUAAGACGGCCUUUGAUCGAUCCUUCACGCCAGCCAAUAUCUACUCAGCUUUU